AUGGGCGACCCGGAGGUUUCCGUGUUAGUGCUUGGGGCGGGAGGCCUGGGUUGCGAGAUUCUGAAAAACUUGGCUUUGCAAGGCAUACCAACGAUCCAUGUGGUUGACAUGGACACAAUUGAGCUCACCAACCUGAACCGCCAAUUUUUGUUUCAGGAAAGGGACAUAGGUAAGUCCAAAGCCAUCGUGGCGGCUAGCCGCAUCAAUGAAAAACAGCUCAUUGGGCUUGGUGGCAGGCUCGUUCGGGUGGUUCCACAUUUCCAGGAUCUGACCCUGCUUGAGGACGCGUUCUUGCAGCAUUUCACCAUGGUGGUGUGUGGCCUUGACUCCAUAGAAGCCCGCAGAGCCAUCAACUCGCAGCUGGUGCGCCUCACGCUGGACUCCAAUUUCGAAAAAUGCAUUCCUUUGAUCGACGGUGGCAGCGACGGGCUGAAGGGCCACUGCAAAGUCAUCAUCCCCGGAUUCACCGCAUGCUUCGAGUGCUCACUGGGGACGCUCCCAGUGGAAACCGAGUCGUAUCCCUUGUGCACCGUGGCCAACAACCCUCGGCUCCCCGAGCAUGUAAUCGAGUACUUGCUAACGGUGCAGUGGAUAGAGGAGCACGCAGAUGAGACAUUCGACCACACAAACUCCGAACAUCUACAAUGGCUUAUGGACCGCUCUUUGGAGCGUGCCACGCUUUUCAAGAUCGACACGUGUAAACUACUUUCCCAACGGUUCGUGCUCGGCGUCGUGAAAAAUAUCGUGCCCAGUGUGGCGAGCACCAAUGCUAUCGUCGCUGCCCAGUGUUGUAGUGAGGUGUCUCGGUUGCUGUACAACAAAUACGAGGUCGGGAAAUCUGACAAUUUUUCGGUAUACAAUGGAGAAGACGGGUUUUUCGCCUACAGUUUUCUGCACCAAAGACUCCCGGACUGCUUGGUCUGUCGCGAAACACCUUGA